GUAUCUUGGCCAGAAAAUGAAGUUGUGACCUGCUUUGUGUGCUGCCGGAGCUCUGCAGUGAUUGCUCAACUCAGAAACCAAUAAAUCUAAAUGGGUCCAGUCACUGGAAUGACUCCGGAUAAGAAAGCUGAAACGCCAGGAGCAGAAAAAGCUGCAGGGCUUCGGCAGUGUCAUGGAAUGGGAAGCCUGCCCGAUGCAGGUGAUGCUGGCAGGCCAAAGGCCACUGUGGUGGGCAGAGAUUCAGCAGACGACGAGCUCACCAAUUUGAACUGGCUGCAUGAAAGUACUAACCUGCUAACAAACUUCAGCCUGGGAAGUGAGGGUCUUCCCAUCGUUAGCCCCUUGUAUGACAUCGAGGGGGACAGUGUGCCCUCCUUCUCGCCAUCAUGCUACCAGAACCCCAAAAAGAAAUCCUCCACUUCCAAACCCCCCUAUUCCUUCAGCCUUCUCAUUUACAUGGCCAUCGAGCAUUCCCCCAACAAGAGCUUGCCUGUCAAAGAAAUCUACAGCUGGAUCCUGGAGCGUUUCCCCUACUUUGCCACAGCACCCACAGGCUGGAAGAACUCAGUCCGACACAACCUUUCCUUGAACAAGUGUUUCCGUAAAGUGGAGAGAAGCCAUGGCAAGGUGAAUGGAAAAGGGUCACUGUGGUGUGUUGACCCAGAAUACAAACCUAAUCUUGUCCAAGCACUGAAGAAGCAGCCUUUUCCCUCAGCACUCGCGUUGUACACUCCGCCGGCAUCACCACCAAGUAGGUCGACAUCCCCUCACUACCUAACUUCAGUUCUUCAGCAGAACCACAACCGAUCUUUCAAAGAAUCUGAUAUCGAUGCUGCUACUGCAAUGAUGCUGUUAAAUACUUCCAUUCAACAAGGGAUGCUGAACUGUGAGAAACCUCAGCCUCUGAAGACACCUAAGAAGAGGAGUUAUGGCAGUGCGUUCAACCCUCCCAGUUCCAUGAAUCUGCAGGAAAAUGAUCCUAUGGCCAUCAACAUUGAUCCGAAGGAGGAUCACAACUACAGUGCCAGCAGCAUGGGCUCCCAGCGCUGCGCAUCUAGGUCCAGCGUGUCUUCCUUGUCCUCCCUCGAUGAGGUGUACGAGUUCAUCUCCAAGACCAGCCACGACGGAAGUGACGGCAGCGAAGGGUUUCACAGCGAAGUGGAUACGGAUGGUGACUACGAAGACGACCCUCUUGGAGACAGCGGCUAUGCAUCCCAACCGUGCGGAGAUACCUCGAAGGAAAGUCAGCCUAGCAGCAAAGCGCUCAAGGAGCUGUGUCAAGAAAUUGAUGAGGAGUUGAAAGAAGCAGCAGGGUCUCUGCUGCACCUCGCUGGCAUCCAGACGUGCUUGAGUUCCUUAAUAAGUACUGCCAAGAGCCACUGUCACAAGCAAAGGAAAAAAUAAGAUGCCUGUCAGCGUUGAAUAUACACAUCUAUUUUUUUUAAUUGUGGCAAUACUCUUCUACUUUUUACCCUUCACAAGGGAGAUCAAAGCCAUAAAGAGGACUCAUUGCUUUUUUUUUGUUUGUUUGUUUGGCGCUGACUAUAAUUUAGCCAUUUAUUUUUGGAAUCACUGCCUAAAAAAAAGAAAGAAAAAUAACAGUAAUUUAAUCUUCUCAAAUCAGAAGAAAUGCAUGACUUGUGAAAACCUGAAAACAAACUUUGUAGUGAUCACUUUUUUUUCCUCCCUUUUAAAUGGCUGAUUUUACAAUUUUAUUCUUCUCUUCCCCCCCCUCCCCCCAAAAUACGUUUGUUCAGAUGCACACUGUGGAUCGUAUUUACAUCUUCUCUAGUUCCAUCUAUAGAAGUGAGUUUUGCCUUGUCGAAGGGUUCUGACUUCCAUGUAAAGGAUUUAAAAAAAAAGAAGAAAACAUAAAGAAAGGAGGGGGCAGAAAAAAGGGUUCUUGUUUCAGUUGCUUCUUCUCACCUGUCCUCUCUUUGCUCUUCAGAGACAGGUCCGGGUGGAAACACUGGCGUAGAAACUCCAAGUAGCUGCAGCUUUCAGCCUAUCUUCCACAGUUGCUGAAAACUUGCAGCACUCCAGGACCUGCUUUUUUCAGCGAGAUGCUGGGGCUGAGGGAUAGCUAAGGUGGGUACCACCCACAGGUUUUUGUUUGGGUUUGUGGGUUUUUUUCUUUUUGCUUUUCUCAAAUCUGCUCUAUGCAGGUCAGAUUCCUGACAGAAAACCGAGGUGUUUGGUUUGGUCUUAGUUUUUUUCACCUUAAGACAAGUUGUUAUCUUUUUUUUUUUGGGGGGAGGGAGUGUGUGUCCUUUUCAUGCAGAUGAGUACAUGCAUACACAGGCCUUGGAUGUAGCCAACAGUGAAAGCUGCCACUUGCCAAAUUGAUGUUGUCCCGUCACUACCACUGUAGAAUAGAUAGUAGCUGCAUCAUCUGCCAUUCUGAUCCCCUUCACCAAUUGGGGUGGGGGUGCAAGAUCCAAAUAGUUGAUGGUGGUGACAGCGUGGAUGAGGUAGAGGCUCUUUUAAGUGGCAGACAUCUGCUGACAAGGGAAUAUCUUACCUCUCCAAUCUGAGACAAAAUAGAAUAGCUUCCUUUUGGAUUGGUGAACCCUGAAUUGGAGUUUUUGCCCCUUCUCACCCACCCAGUGCUUGUUGGUUUUGUCACAUGGACUGACCAUCCCUCUUGCUUCCCAGAUCACUCUGUCUUGUGCUGUCUCUGCCCUGUCAGCCUCCUCCCGUACACACAGCAUCCAACUGCCAAGGUUACGCCUUUGCCUUUGGAUAUGUGUUGUAGCUCAGGUGGACCUCUCUGCUUUGGGGAACUAGUUCCCUCACAGUUCAUUUUUGCAAUAAGAAAUAUCUCUUUAUAGUUGGCAGGCAUCCUUCAGCCAAAAAUGUUUUAGUGUUUUUCGUGCUAUGGUGAACGUUUUUCCUUUUCUUUAACAGUCAGUGGCGAGUUGCUUACACAUUCCUGUAGAUGAUGGCUUCUUAGAUUUUCUGUUUCAGGAUAGGUAAGCAGUUCUGUUGGGGUGGGGUUUUCACUGUCCUGUCUGUAUAAUGAUACCUUAAGUAUGUUGCAGAAUUGUCUACAGCUAUCAAAACUCAUCUUCCCUGUUUCUGAAAGCGUCGUGUGCCAUAAAUGUUCUCCCUAACAUGGGAAGCUUUCGCUUCCAGCACGUGUUGGGUGAGAUGUUUGAAAAUUAGGAGCAGAGCCACCUAGGAAAACAGUGUCUGCUGUUUCAGUCAUUGAAAACAGUGCUGGAUUCAGCCAAAACUUUAACCUUUUCCUUACUGGGUAUUCUCCUGGCUGUUUGGAGGCCUUUCUUAGAUCAGUAUUGGGGUCUUGUUGGGGUUUUUUGUUGUUGUUUUUCCUGUGUGUCAGUCUUAACGAAUACUGCCAUAAACUGUCUGCUUUAAAUAUGAACACAGCCAUGCUGCUGAAGCUCUGUUGCUCUGAGGGCCUGCUCCAGUGCCUCUUGAAGACAAUGGUGGUGCUCCCACUGACUCAACGGCUGUUGGAUCACGCCUGAAAUGUUUGAGGUUCUUUGUGUUUUGGAAUUUAAAGCCAAGGUUUUGUUGUUUUUAUGAGUUUUCUUAAAGCACAAACACUAGCUGGUGGGGGAAAGUGGGUUGGUUGGUUUGUUUCCUCCGAUUACUUCAGUUUUAAGAAUGAUUUGUUUCAUGAAAGGGAAGAAAAAUGCACUGCUCUGUUCCUGCUUUGUGUGAAUGCCUGUUAGCUUACACCCCUAACAGGGCAGCACGUGUGGAUAUCACAAGUGCUGCAUUAGCCAAUUAGGUCUGUGACAUCAGAUUUAUUUCCUGGUGAAUAGUAAGGGGUAAAACUUGCUUUUUAAAGGACAAUUAACCACCAGCACAGUGAUCCUUAGGGUUUUGGAACGUGGAGAUGUGAAGGCUUGGUGGAACUGCCUUUUUUUGUUGUUGUUGCUUUGGUACCUUGAUGGAAAACUGCAAAGGGCAGAGUUUGUGUCAGUGUGGAGAGGAGGAUUCAGCUACACAGAAAUACUGUGAGUGGUCUGGGAUUUUGCUCGGUGCCAUGCUUUCAGUCGCAUGUUGUUGAAGAGGAGUGUCGCCCGCCUCCCACUGAAACUGGCUGCAGCUUUUCUGUGGCUUCCAGUGAAAGCUGGAUCGAGCUGCAGUAUUCUGAAAACUGUCAGCCAUAGUCAGCUUCGUGGUUUGGUUUGAUUCCUAAUUACUUUUUUUGCCUCCAAAAAAAAAAGGAGAAGGUUUAUGCUUAGAGGAGUGUGGCUGUGCUGCUGAACCCUGAAGCUGGUGAUAAUGCCUCCAGCAUUUCUGAAGGGGGAAGGUUGGAAUGCAGACAAUGCGUUUAGGCACCAUAUGCAACAAGCAAUAAAACCAUACUCGCCAGCAGUGAAAGCUGCAUCCAUCCUUACAGGUUUUGACCUGGAAGAACUGUAACUGUUGGAACUAUUGUAGCCUUUCCCUGGGACAUAGAACGGUGUGGCAGAGCCCUGCUCUUCCUGCUUUCCUGUCAUACUUCUGUCCUUCUGAAGGAGAAGGCAGCUGAUCUAUGCCCUUGACCUAUCCCACACUGUUGUCCCAUGCCUCUGCCUGCGUGUUUUGGCAGGCAAAGCCUGCCAGCUCAGAGAGGGAGCACCCCUCUUGGUAGUGGGCAAAUAGCUGCCCUUCCUUUUGCUUAUGGAUCUAGUGUUGGGUUUGGGUUUGUUUGCCACCUCAGUUAGUGACCCCUGGUGUAUAUAGUAUAAAUGGAGUAUAAUUAAAAGUUAUUUUGAUUGUUGGGUUUUGGGCUUUUUUGGUGACAUAUGUAAAAUGCUCAUGCCAAUGGUUGACUCAUAUUUUGGCAGGAAAAGUAUUAAUGAACCAUAUUCAAUCUUUAACUGCAGUAGCAUAUGGGAUGCUUGUAUGAGGGAGGCUGCUCUGAGGAUAAAACUGAUGUGAACUCUGGGCAAACUGUUGGCCUUUUGGAUUGCAAUACUAAAUUCCUGUUUCUUGCAAAAGUCACAUCAAAGACAUUAAAACCCAUCUGUAACAUGGAAGUUCUAUGAUUUGCAACUGGAGAAAAAAAAAAGAAGGAAGUUGAAGCUUUGGUUAAAGCAAAGUACACUCAUACAAGUUAAUAGUGGUGUAGUCAAAAUAUUUGAGAAGGGUAGAACAUUUUAAAUGUUGCACCUGCCAUUAUCUCUUAAAGCACAUCCUUCACACCUAAAUGCCAGUGCCAUUAUCAAGUCUGUUUUAUAAAUGUACAUUUCUUCAAACUAAAAAGUGCAUAACUAAAGGUAUGUUACUGCCAUAUAGUGAUACAAAACAUUUUAUGAUUGCCAAUCCAUUGUAACUAUUAUUUAUUGAAAAGUGAAUUGUAAGAAUGCUUUCUGAUCAAAUGAACCAGAGUUGGUUUUUAAACUGUUCCCAUUAGCUUGUUUCUAAUGUAGCAUAAGCAAUGUCAUUGGGUUUGUUUAGAAUAAUUUUGCCAGUAGGUGACCAAUUCUAACCCUUUUUCCUCCAGUUUUAGUCCUUUUACCCAUUUUAAAGACGAUUUACAGAAGUUUAGUUUUUUGUAUGCUAAUCUGUUAAUUAAAAUGUUUAUAAAGUUUAUUUUUACCAAAGAGAUGCAAUUCAUUAUGACAAAAUAUUGCAGAAUAAACUUUGUUUUAUAACAUUUGUGACUUUUCUGCCCGCAUUUUUCAGUCAGAUGAUCAAAGGGGCUUUUCUAAAAUAAAACAGCGUUGCAAACAGAAAGCAGUGUGUUUUCUCUUCAUCUGCAGGCCCUGGGUUCUGGUCUCAGUGGUGCUCCUAGUGCCAUGCUUCCCCAUUGGAGCCUCUUUGAGAGUUCAUUGUAGGUGGGUUAAGAAGGUUGCAUGCAUGUGGAUAUCAGCUGUAUGGCACUCAAUCCAGAGUGGGAUUGGCUUUUGAUUCCAGUUCACACACUGCAGGCCCAUAGUGCUUGAAGAGCAUCUUACUGAGGCCAAGAUUUUACCCAGGAACUCGAGGAACAUUUUUGACAUCUGGGCAAUUGCUGAAAUACUGCUGCAUACCUUUUUGCCCUCCUGUGUGAAAUAGGUAUUUAAACAGAAGUAACUUGAAUCUUUUUUUUCUGAGGAAGUUUCUUAUGUGCAGUUCUGUAUCCAUACUGUGUGUCCAAGCUGCUUAUAUGAUAGUGCUCAAAGAUCAACAGCAUAGUACAGGGCAUGCAGUUUUAAAAGUGUCCCUAGAUAAAGCUGCAGAGAUCCUGUUUGGUGCCUUUUCAGUGUUUGCUUUCUUUAGAUACAAUUUACAGUGUCUGUUGGGUCCCUUUAUGUAAGGCAUUAUGGAAAGCACACAGAUGGGGGAACACCUCCCUUUUCACUAGUACGAAUUAAAUCCUCCCCAUCCCACUUUUCUGCUUGUCUCAGCUUGCCGCUCGAAGGCCAGCUUUCUCCUCAAGGGCACACACACGUGCCCUGCCAGUGCCCAAGAGGAAGAACACAAGAUGUGGCAAAAGCACAUGUGUGUGGCCCAUCUCUUCCAAUUGUACUUCUUUCAACCUCAGAGUAUGUAACUGACUUAAGUUUUCUGAUGGAAAUACAAUGGUUCCUUUUGCAAGCCUUGAAGCCAUAGAGUAGGUUUUAACAAAGCCUUGCCUUAACCACGCUGUCAACAUUUUAAGUCCUAGAUAAACAGAUUUGUGAUUUACAGAACAUUUGUGCUCCAUUAAUAUCUGUAGUGUUCAUCUUAAUGUGCUGGUAAGAGAAUGACUGUUCUAAUUUGUUUGGACAAAAUCACAGCUAUGUAUCCUAUGUUAAUGAUAUCUUUCUAAUUCUUAUUCACUACAUUAUGCUAAGAGAGACUUAAGUUUGUUGUUAAAUUUCCCAGGAGUGUUUUCCUCUGUUACAGCUUUGCUGGAAAUUACCUUCUGUAUGGAGCCUCGGUUCUGGAAAUAAAGCAUUAAGUGAAGCAAUUA